UCUGCGUUCGUGCGCAGUGCUUACACAGAAUAAAUUACAUUAUUUUAAUCCAACUGUUGCCAGCCACAUUAUAGGUUAUGGUAGAUAAGAAUUAAAGAACACGUCAUCAUUUCACCGGUCGCCACGUCUUAUUGCCGACCAACAACAAGUAAUAUUGUCGUAAAACGUCACACUACAGCCAGCCACUGAGCACAACAUACAUACGUCGUCUGUGCGUCCAAGACCGUAGUCUCUAUACACGGUGUUUUCCGUCGAAUUAAAAACGCAUUGGCUUAUAUCGGAGCAGCUAAACACGACGGGCAUAAUACGCCGCGGCAAAAGGCGUUUAAGGAGUAAGGACUAAUUACGAAGGCGUUAGUUGUUUCAUCAUCACUACUCGAUUGCGGACGUGCCAGCAAAACUUUGCAGUUCCUCGCCGUGGAUCAACAACUUCACUACGACAGAUAAAUUACUGAUAUUUACAUAGUUUGAGGAUUUUGAUUGAAAACUUGGAAGUACUAUGUCGAGUCAUCAAAGGGGAGUAACACCACAUAAUAAAUUUAGUCACAGCAUUAUAAGAGAUGUAAAUACAACUGAUACAAAUAAAAAUGAUGCAGGAACUAUAAAAACAAAUAAAGAUGCAACUGUGCAAAAUACUAUAAAAAAAGAGCAAGCUGUUACUGUAAAAUCUGAAUAUAUUGGGUUACCAAGUACGAGCAAAAAGAAAGCUCUUAAAGAACAAAUUGAAACUUUUGUUGAAGGAAGGACUCCAUUAAAAAAGUUUAAGCAAGAUACUUUAAAUAAAGGAAAACUUGAUGAAAUACAAAAACAUACACAAUCAAAAACCGAAGAAGUUGUAACUACCAAAUCUAGAGUAUCAUUUCUAAAAGAAGAGCAGAAAACAACUUCAAAUGAUUUAAUCUCAUCGCCUGUUGUUAUUGGAGAUGUGCUAUUUGAUAAUGACUCGCCAGUGAUUGUUGGAGAUAAUUCAGGUGUAUACUAUGGAGAUGAGCAAGCCACAACUUCUGAUGCAAUAGAUGUCACCAAUGAAUGUGAGCAGCCAGAAAAAAUUAUUGGUGCCAUAUUUAGACCUGGUAACAACCUUUAUCUAGUAAAGUGGAAAGACACAGUUGUAAUUCUUAAAUCGGAAGUUGUAAAACACAAGUGGCCUCAAGUACUCAUUCAGUAUUUUGAAAACAUCUUUGGGUUUAUAUAAUAAUUAUGUACUUUAAAAACCUCCAAGAAAGUUCAAAUAUUGCCACAGAUUUUAUAUACAAAAUAUAAUAUUUUUUUAUAUUAU